ACAGCCCGAACGACAAGGCUGGGAUUCGUCAUAUAGGAUUAUUCAGUUCUGAUUUCUGCAGGAUAUCAAGCUGACGACUGACUUCUAGUGCUUAUCCAAGCACCAUAUUCUCAUCCGCCCGGAAACCGAAAAAAUAUCAAUUCGUCAUCUAAUCCCGACAGCAAUGGCCGUCGACGACAUCCCCUCCGUUGCCUUGCCAGGCAAGGUUUUGGGUCCGGUUACCAAGUUUGCGCCCGGCGCCGGCACACACGCUUACGAAGGAAAUGUCGUCUCUUCUCUACUCGGCCAAGUUACCGUGACGCCUGCGGCCAAGGGUCCAGGACCUCAAAAGCGCCUUAACAAGAUCACCGCACCGACGUCAGAAGAGCUCGCCACCAUCUCCGUAUCCCGCCAUGGUCGCAAGCGCGAGAUUCUCCCCGAUGUCGAUAACAUCGUACUUGCGCGCGUGCUCCGUCUUAUGCCCAAGCAGGCCAUUGUGGUGAUCCAGCAAGUGGGCGACACUGUUCUCCAAACCGAGUGGCAGGGCUUGAUUCGAGUGCAGGAUGUGAGGGCAACAGAGAAGGACAAGGUCAAGAUUUACGAAUCCUUCAAGCCUGGUGAUAUUGUACGAGCGCAAGUGAUCUCUCUUGGUGACCAAGCCAACUAUUACCUCUCAACAGCAUCCAACGAACUGGGUGUUAUCCUAGCCACGAGCGAGGCGGGCAAUGACAUGGUCCCCAUCAGCUGGAAAGAAUACAAAGACCCCGAAACAGGCAUCAGUGAGCCUCGAAAAGUCGCAAAGCCUAGCUGAGCUUGUUGCUUUGUUAGAAUACUGCCUUUCCUUGUGUUGGAAUGCAACAAGGGCACGCGACCCUAGCUGUUUCACAACAUGACUGGGCAUGCCUGCCCACGACGAAGCAACAAUACCCCACAUGAACGAUUUGCUACUGUAGGAAACAAGGCGUCAUGAUAUUGAUACAGCCACAAAGUUCUAAUCAUGUUCGUUGGUCGUCUCGUGGUGUGACGCUCCCACCAGGAACGCCCAAAAAUGCCAUGAUCCGCCUGGCUGGGUCGUUCAUGUCCGAUACACUAAAUCGGGUAUGGAAUAAUCUAGGAAGUCUACUGGUGAGAGUUGAGCCCAAAGACCGCCUUAUUGAAAGUCGGAAUGCGC